GGUGCGGGCUCGGCUGACGACCGCGGCGCCUGGGGACGCCGGCGCGCUCCGCUCGCCAGGUGCUCCGCCUGGAAAUGUCUCCAUUAGUUGUCGCCCGCUCCCUGCCCGAGCGCGCGCGCCGAGUGGCCGCGCAGAGCCCUCGCGGGCGGCCGGUAGCGGCCCGGCGCCACCGCAGCGCCUAGAAGCCGGCAGCCCCGGAGCAGUGGCCGCGGCACGCCGACCCCCGCUCGUAGGACCCCGCCGGCCGGGCCAGCCGGCCCCGGGCCGCGCCCGCCAUGUCCUACCCGCAGUUUGGGUACCCCUACUCCUCGGCACCCCAGUUCUUGAUGCCCACCAACUCCCUGAGCACGUGCUGCGAAUCGGGCGGCCGCACGCUGGCAGACUCCCGGCCAGCCGCCUCGGCCCAGGCGCCAGUCUACUGCCCGGUCUACGAGAGCCGGCUGCUGGCCACCGCGCGCCACGAGCUCAACUCGGCCGCGGCGCUGGGCGUCUACGGGGGCCCCUACGGGGGCGCGCAGGGCUAUGGCAACUACGUGACCUACGGCUCCGAGGCAUCGGCCUUCUACUCGCUGAACAGCUUCGACUCCAAGGACACUCCGGGCUCUGCUCACUCGGGCCUCGCUCCUGCUGCCGCCGCCGCCUACUACCCCUACGAGCCGGCGCUGGGCCAGUACCCGUAUGACAGGUACGGGACCAUGGACAGCGGCACGCGGCGGAAGAACGCCACGCGCGAGACCACCAGCACGCUCAAGGCCUGGCUGCAGGAGCACCGCAAGAACCCCUACCCCACCAAGGGCGAGAAGAUCAUGCUGGCCAUCAUCACCAAGAUGACCCUCACGCAGGUCUCCACCUGGUUCGCCAACGCGCGCCGGCGCCUCAAGAAGGAGAACAAGAUGACGUGGCCGCCAAGGAACAAGUGCUCGGAGGAGAAGCGGCCCUACGCGGAGGGCGAGGAGGACGAGGGGGGCGAGGAGGAAGCUCAGGAGCAGCUGGUCAAGAGCACCAAGAGUGAAGAGUCCAUCAGCAAAGAGAAGGAUCUGGAGCUCAGUGACUUGGAGGACUUCGACCCCCUGGAGGGGGAGCCCUCAGAGUGCGAGCUGAAGCCACCCUUCCAGCCCCUGGAUGGAGGCCUGGAGCGCAUCCCCACCACGCCUGAUGGCCCCAGCGCCCCAGGGAAGGAGGCCUCAGGCGCCCUCCGGAUGCCCCUGGCUGCCGGGGGUGCGCUCAUCCUGGACCAGGACCUGGAAAGGGUGCGGAGCUGCGUCCGGAGCUCAGCAGCUGGGCCGGAACAGCAGCCAGGCGCGGGAGGCGGCCCGCAGGCCUGCGAGGCCAAGCUGGGCUUUGCUCCGGCUGGGGCGCCGGCGGGCCUCGAAGCCAAGCCGAGAAUCUGGUCCCUGGCACACACGGCCACUGCGGCCGCUGCCUCUGCUCUCGGCCAGACUGAGUUUCCCUCGUGCAUGCUCAAGCGCCAAGGCCCCCCUGGCCCUGCGGCCGCCUCCUUGGAGCCCACCUCCUCCUCACCCACAGCCCCGGCCCCCUCCGGCGCCCUGGACCGGCACCAGGACUCCCCGGUAACCAGUCUCAGAAACUGGGUGGAUGGGGUCUUCCACGACCCCAUCCUCAGGCACAGCACUUUGAACCAGGUCUGGGCCACCGCCAAGGGCACCCUCCUGGACCCGGGGCCGCUGGGCCGCUCGCUGGGGACAGGCGCGAACGUGUUGACGACAUCAAUGGCCCGCUCCUUCCCGCCCGCCGCGCCCCACGACACCUCUGCCGCCGGUGCCGCCAAGGAGUUGCUGGCUGUGCCCAAGGCUGGCGGCAAGCCCUUCUGCGCCUGACUGGCCGGGCCCCUGAGGGAGGAGGAAGCCGGCGCUCAGGCUGCAGGCUCCAACGUGGCCGACCCCUUUUCUACCGAGUUUCCAAAGCAAGGCAAGGGCGCGGCAGAGCUCAGGCCACCAACCACCCUAGAGGGAGGAUCUGAACUCAGUUUCCCAGGGUCACAAACAAGCCCCCAGCUGUCUGUGCAUCUGGGCAGGAGUCAGUUGGCUGGGCCACUUCCAAACUCGGGGACCUGGCAGGAUAGGGCGGCCCUCAGAGCAGCGGGGAGACACCCUGGAGCAUAAAGUCUAUGUCCCAAAGUUCAUGCGCAGAAGGCGUUUCGUCCUGAGGCCUGUUUGUCUUGCCGUCUCUUUUGGAUUUGAGGCAUGCCCCUGUUCCUUGCUCCCGUCCCUCAGCCUGCAGACCCCCGAGUUCGUCCUCAGCACACGUGAUUUUCCCCAGCAGCACUCCCACCGAGUUCGCACCACUGCACACUCUUCACGCGAUAAAACUGUUUUUUAAUGUAUGUUCACACUAGUUAUUGCCUGCUUCAGAGGCUAAUAUAACAAAACCAAUAAAACCGAGUGAUGGUGUUUGCAUUGCAAA